AUGCCAGCCCGAUUAGAUGAUGUUCCUCAAAGCAAACAGCUCAGACCACUAUUCUACGGUCUUGGUCUUCUAGGCACGGUUGUGACCUGGGGUCGCACCGUCGCCGACGGUAGCCUUGCCCUUGUUCAGGAGGCUCUACAUGCCCCUGGCGGAAGACACCUUCUUCCCGGUAGUGAUUCGACGCUUCGAUCUAGUUUCACCGGCAUCUGGCCCCUGGAUUACCUGUUUCGUACGCUCGUCGUCUUCUUCUGGGAAGCAGUAGACGGGUCGCAUCCAGCCACUACCACGGCGGGCAUUUACUUUGUUGGGCAGCUUUUCCCUAUCAUUGCCGCCAUAUACCUUGACGGCCUUCGGGCAGGCAAUGGUCCUAGCCUGAUCAGACCAUCCAUUUGGUUCAUGAUUUUUGGUGCCGCAGCUAUAGGAUGUAGUGGUGCGGGUUGGGCUCUCGUUUACACGGCGACAUCACCUACGACGUCCCCUGUUUUGCCUCUCGAUGGACUUAAGCGCACGUCGCUUGUAUCUUCAACCCGAGCAGCGACUCUCUUGGUCCCUGCUAUAGUGCUUGGCUUCGUAGCCCCGGUUGUUUUUAUGGGCUUGUUGUCACCGGAUGUUGUGACACACGAAUUUAAGCAAUGGGCAAUCGUGAUUUGGAACACAUUUCCCUUAAUCAUGUUAGCCUUAUUGAAGCUGGGUGAGGCCAUCCUGGAUGCUCUUUUGCCAGCCUCGAAAUCACUGUCGUCCGGUAAUCCGAGACACUCCGAAGAACAGCAUCUCAGCGUUGUGAGAUACAUUAGUGUUGUCUCCAUACUGGUAGGAUUCACGUUACACGUUUCAGUAGCGGCAGUCUCAGUAUCAACGGUGCUUUUUCCGCGUCUCUUUAAUGCCAACUAUGUCAAGGAUCUUCAUCCGCUAAAUCUAGUCCUUCCCCCUAUAGCUAUAUCCAAGGCUACUACCGUUGGGGACGGUAUUCUUGGUUUCAUGCUUUGGGAUCAGGUAAUCGGAUACUCGCUCGUUCUCAUUGUAUUCUUAGUGCAGUUACAUAAUGUGCACUUAGUCUCAAACUUCACGCGCAGCUAUGGGCUUAUAUAUUCUGGGAUCCUGUCUGGUAUACUUUCAAUCUUUGUGGGCCCUGGUACUGUUAUAAUUGCAAUCAGUUGGUUGCGAGAUGAGCUUCUCUACGGUGUUGGCCAGAAGGAAACCCGCGCAAGGCAAAAGGCUUAG